UACGUACCCAAGUAAAAACACACCACACAGUAAAUGUAAUGGGAUAUAGUUAAUCUACUCUGAUGAUGGAAAGUAAUGCGCCUGAGCUCGGGGCCAAGCCAAGAACCAACAAUAGAAACAGCCACUCAAGGCGAAACCAGAGCGACAGUGCCAAUCACAGAGUGGUUCGCAAGCUACCGCCUCGUGCUGACAACGACCGCUGCAACAUCUACAUUACCAGCAAAACAGACUUCAAGGCACAGCAGAGGCGAUGCGAGGAACUGCUCAAUUCGGGCGUUAAGGAGAUAUUCUUGCAUUGCAUGGGAUACUCGAUCACUCGCGGCCUUAACUUAGCCCUGCGUCUUAUCAAGAACUCGGAGGGUGCCUUGGGCUACACUAUCAACACCUCCACCAUACAGUUGGUGGACGAACUGCAUCCGCUCUGUGAUGAGGACGAUAUAACCUUUCGGCAGCGAAACAACUCUGCUCUGCACAUCAAGAUCUUCAGCAACAGUCUUUUUAAUAUUGAUGUGCCCCAGCUUCCAGCUCAGCCUGCUCUACCAAAGGUCAGCCAACGCGAGCCGCCAAAGCCCCACCAGCAGCAGCAACAGCAGCAACCACAGAAGGCUAAGGCCAAGAAGCAGACGACCAGGUCGCAAAAGUAAGGAUGUUCAAACUAU